CCUGAGACUGCAGAAUGACAGGAGCCUUAGAAGUUUGCUCCAGGAGUAGUGAUAGCUGGAAGCGGAGUUCCUGGGGGGAGGGGAGCUCUUUGUUAGCAAGAAGCUCAGUAUAGCUCAGCCCCUUCCAGCCAUACAAGAUCUCCCUUCUCCUGGAGCAGCAGAAUAGAUCAAGUAGCAGCAAUGGAUCCAGGAGCAGACAUGAGGAGCCGGAGACUCCUCCAGCUGGUGAUCAAUUCUAGUGUUCUGCAGAAAGCCACCCCCCAGGGCUGUGACAAUGGGGCCCUUAUGGAUCAUUUUGGGGUGCUCAUCCAGGGGGUGCUGGCAGUGGUAGCUUUCAGCACACUCAUGUUGAAGCGCUUUCAGGAGCCUAAAGAUCAGCGACGUCCAUGGAGAAUAUGGUUUUAUGACACAUCCAAACAGGCGAUUGGUGCCUUAUUUAUCCACUUUACAAAUGUCUUCCUCUCAGACCUGACAGAAGAAGACCCUUGCUCACUAUACUUGAUGAAUUUCCUCCUGGAUGCCACCUUGGGGAUGCUCAUCAUCUGGGCCAGUGUCAGAAUAGUGUCCUGGAUAGUGGAGCGUCGGAAGUUCACUGUUUUGGUGUUUGGAGAGUACGGUGACCCUCCGCAGGCGGCUGCAUGGAUAGGACAGUGCGCACUGUAUCUUUUAAUCAUGGUUGUGGAGAAAACGUUCAUCAGUCUAGUUCUGCUCAUCCCGGGAUGGACAAAGCUCCAAGAAAUCCUUCUGCAUUACAUUCCUGACCCUCAGCUUGAGCUGGUUCUAGUAGUGCUCGUGGUGCCUUUUAUAGUCAAUGCAAUAAUGUUUUGGGUGGUGGACAGUCUAAUAAUGAAAAAGUACAAGCGCGUGCAGAAUGACUCGGUUAGUGACAGAUCAACAGCUGAAAAGGAUGAGGAAUUCCAGGUGUUGCUAAAGUCUGAUUCCCAGCAGGAGAACAAAGAUAAUGAGCAUCAAAUCCAGGCACUGCGCAGUAUUACAGACGGCAUCCGGAGUCAUAAUGUAGCCUUGUGAAUAAAUCUUAAUGUUCACAAAUGCUACAACUUGGCUUAAUAAUUAGCGAGUCCUGGCCUAGACAUUAUAAUUAGUAUUUUAUGUUAAUGACCUAAGAAAAGACGUCUUCAUCCAGGGCCUAAGUAACUACAUCUAAAUAUUAAACGCGUUAAAUGUUUUCAUGCACUUUAAGUAAAUAUUUAGUGGUUGUGACCAUAAUGGGUAGUUGCUGAACACAAAUAUCAUUUCUUAUUAUUUCUUGUACAUUGUAUUUUUAUACUGAAAUAUUCCUUUGCUUUUUCUGGAGCUCUGUACACUUUUUUUGCUCUUCUUUGAUGUAAAAGAAUUGACUUUAGCCUUUUGUGUUGCAUCAUGAGCCGUUCAGUUUACAUUGAUGUAACUGCAACAAAAAAUCCAGCGACUUGGAAAUUCUGGGGUUGGAAUGGAUAAUACUCAGUGUUAAACAACAGUUUCAAUUUAUUAAAAGAGUAUUAAUUUGUAUUAAACUAUGCAAUGGAUGAUGUUAAUAAAUUGCCAUAUGCCUGAUA